AAUGAACUGGCUUUUAAUGUGCGUAUCCCCUCCAGAGUGCUAGCGUAUCAUUUAACAUUUCUGGUUUCAUUCUAUGCCGGCUGUACCGGCUGAUAAUGACAGUUCAACUGUCAACACACGAAACAGAUUGAAAACGACGAUGAUAGCCUUCGAUAGCGAAGUCCACGUGCUAAUUUGAUGGCACGCGACAACAAGGAUGCAGAUGUCAUCGUCGUUUAUUGCCGCAGCCACUGAUAGUGAAAUUUUCGCAUUCGUAAAUUUCGUUCCAUCGAAUCGAUAUUCGAAGCGGACGUCGAAUGCAAAGAGGUCAGCAUUGACAGAAGGAAUGUUGCUUGGGAUUCUUACAGACAUAAGCUUGCUCAUCACCCGUUCCCGAUGUUCUCCACAAGAUGUCUAACUUGUACGUGCCGUUUAGAAUUAACCUAUGACCGCCCCAAUUUAUUGGCGACAUACGCUCAAGAGCGUUAUUUGGUUACCUCGAGUUUUUAUCACUUGUGAUAACGAGAUUUUAAACCAGACGUGUGUUAUGACUGUUACAGUCUUAUUCCACGAAACGAAUGGGGAAAACGUGGAAAGAAUCGAAGAAGCAUGUAUAUGGAAUGCAAGAAAAUUAUUAUAUGUCUUAAAUAUUCCUGUAAUCUCUAUGUAAUAUUGUGCGGAAUUAUAGAAUUGUUGUAGACUGAGUAGAAAGAAAUGAUAGUACUGCCUGCCUAUUAUUAAACUUGUAAUCAACAGACAUUGCUCUACUUUACAAUGGAUAUUGGCGUUGUCAAAAUUGCAGAAGAUAAAGAUUUCGAGAAACUAAAGCAACUGUACGAUGAUAAUAAUGACUGGAAAUUAGAUUAUAACAAACCAGAUUUAUCCGUUUGGACAAAAUCUGUCAGAGGGAUUAGCUUUAAAAUGGUGAAAAUUAGAACACGUUUUCCUGACAUUUCACCGGAAACAUUAUAUGAUGUUUUACAUGAUCCUGAAUAUAGAAAAGUUUGGGACACUCAUAUGAUUGAAUCAAAAGAUAUAGGAUUUUUUAAUCCAAAUAAUGACAUUGGUUAUUACUCUAUGGCCUGCCCAUCUCCAUUAAAAAAUAGAGAUUUUAUCUUGCAACGAUCUUGGCUAGAUACUGGUAUAGAACAAUUGAUAAUAAAUCAUUCCGUUUAUCACAAAGAUUAUCCACCUAGAAAACACUUUGUACGAGCAACAUCUUACCUCACGGGCUAUAUUGUAAGACCUUCGCGUAACGGAGAUGGUUCGGAGCUUGGCUAUGUAUCGCACACAGAUCCACAUGGUAAAUUACCAGUGUGGUUGGUCAAUAAAAUUACACAGAUAUUUGCUCCCAAAAUGGUAAAACGAUUACACAAGGCCUCUGUGGGUUAUCCAAGCUGGAAAAUACUUAAUAAUCCAAAUUACAAGCCAUGGCAUUAUCCUGAACAAAUAAUGGCACCUAGAAUACGUAUUGAAGAAUGUAUAAAAUCUGUGGAAGAAAAGAAUUCAAAAUAUAAUUAUGUAGACGAAUUUGAAUUAAAGGAUUCUACGGCGGAUAGCGAUUAAUUUAAUAAAGAGUCAUAAAGACUUUCAGGUAAGUAAUAGUAAAGAGGGAAUAAUGGAAAGCUCUAGAGCUACAGUAUUAUAACUAAAAUAUAACAAACAAUUUGUACAAUUAUCAAGUUCGAUUUGCGUAUUUCUUAUAUAAUAAAUUCUAAUUAUAAUGUUAUACAUUUUAAUGCAUAUAACGUUAAUACUCAAAAUCACGUUCGUUAUUAUACGCGAAGUCGCCUUGCGCGUAUACGCGAGCGUAAUUAUAUGUAAGCAUUGACAAAAAAGUAUUGAUGGCCUGCUUUGCAUUAGGUACUAAUUUCAAGUCAGGUUCAUAUUGUUGGUGUUGAUAAAGAGCGCGCAAAUAAUAUAAUAAAAAUAUAAUUUAAUAAAGAUAUAUCGCACAAUAUAGAAGGUAUACUUCAAACUCUUUUUUAUAAUCAGCAUUACAAAGCAUGUCCCUACGCACACGCGUAUCUUGAAACAUCUAGUCUGUCUUCUAUAUUGUGCAUUGCAUACAUAAUAAAUAAUAUAAUUGUUAUUUAUUAUAUUAUUAUAAUUCUUCUUAAUAUAUAUAAAAAUACGAAGUAAUCGCAACAACUUUUGUAGCGAACGUAACGAAUAAUUAGAAGUUUUUAAAUGCCUUAAUGAAAUUUAAAUUUAUUUUUAUUAUAUGAAACAUUUAAUUACAUGAACGUUUGAUGACCUUUAUCGGAAAGAGAAUGCAUUUACAUUACGUAAAAGGAGAUUUCUUUUCUUUUAUACACAUAUACUUAAAUAUUAAAAAUUCUGUGUAAAACAAAUAAACAAUUGAAUAUUGGUAAGAAAUUCUUAGAUAUACUCUAUUGAUUUUUCUCUGGGUUCGGGCAGUUAUUAGCGCUAUUUAGCGCUAUUUAGCGCUAUAGAUUCGCAGAGCUAGAUGGAACGCUAAUAAAUGCGUUCAUGAUGUCAUUACUGGUAGCGUUGUACGUCAUAACUGCGCACUAUCAACGCUAUUCUUUUCGAGGUAAUGCAUUGAUAGUGAUAAUAUUUGCGAGCUCCAUGAACAAUGGCAGUGAAUAUCGUUUACUAUGUUCGCUAUUUGAACUCCAUGAACAGUAUUGAUAACAUUAGCAUUUAUGCGAUAAGCUCCCCGAACGCAUCCUCUUUAUCAUUUUAAAUAGAUUUUAUUCAGUCUUCUCGAUUAUUCUUUUUUUUGAUAGAUAUAUUAAAUGUGUAAGAACGGAUGCAAACAUAAAACAACAUGCAGAUAUAAAACAAAAAUAGUAUUACUGUCUUUCGAAUUUGGAUUUCGCUAAUUUAGUUAUAUAUUACAUUUUUAUGUAAUAUACAAAAUGCUCUCUGUAAGACUGUCAAACUUCAACGGCAUAUUUUUAAAAGAAUUUUUGCACUAAAAUUUAUAUCGAUGUAAAAUUAAAAUGAUUCGAACAAAUUACAUGUCAAAAAUAUAAACAAUUGACAAAAUUAUUGUUAAAUAAUUGUUGAGCAAAUAUUCCCAAGUAACAAGAUGACGUCUUUAGACGUCAUCUUGCUACCUAGGUUCUUUAAAGACUAAUGCUCGUGAAGUUUGAACCAUACUUUACGAAAUAUGUAUUGUAGAGUAUAUAUAUACAUAUAUUUCA